AAAGGCUUUGCUUUCCAUUAAAAAAAAAAAAACGAAAUGGAAGCGCAUCCAAACGCGGCCAUGCUGAGAACCCGAACUAUAAUACCUUCUCCUCCACCAUCACUCGCCCUGAGUAAGAGGCUGCCGUCACCGUCACCAUCACCGUUACCGUUACUGUCACCGUCCGUUAUCCUCUCCGAACCCGUGAAACCCUCGUUCCACCGGUUUCCUCUGUUCUCGAAUCCUCACACUCUUCGAACCAUGACGCUCUCCAAGUGUUUCUCUCACUCCGGGCCCAAACCCGAAUCCGAACCCGAACCGGAACCCGAUUCACCUCACACUCUCGUUGUGGUUUCAUUCUACAAGUUCGCGGAUUUCCCCGACCACGCCCUCUUGCGAAAUCCCUUGAAGCAACUGUGCCAACGCCUGCGUGUUUCAGGUGGAAUUAUUCUUGCACCGGAAGGGAUCAAUGGCAGCAUAUGUGGGACUCGGGAGUCAGUGGAGGAAGUUCUUACGUUUGUGGAGAGCGAUGAUCGAUUAAAGGGGCUAAGGCGAGUGGAAUCACCUGUUAGUCCUGAGGAGGAGGCCAUCCAUCAUGGGCACAGUGCCACUUCUCCUCUUGCUGCAGGGGAAGAUGCGCCCUUCCGAUGGGAUCAUGUGAGGGUCAAGUUGAAGAAAGAGAUUGUCACUCUUGGGAUGCCUACUGUGUCGCCUAUUGAAAGGGUUGGAAAGUAUAUUGGCCCAGAAGAGUGGAAUGCUUUGAUUAGCAAUCCAGAUACAGUGGUAAUUGAUGUGCGGAAUAACUAUGAAACCAGAAUAGGAAAAUUUAAAGGAGCAGUUGAUCCUUGUACCACAUCAUUUCGUGAAUUCCCAUCUUGGGUGGAUGAGCAUUUCCAGCUUACUGAAACAGAUGAUAGGGAGCAUCCAAAAGUUGAGGUAAACUCAGUCCAACCUGCUGAAAAAGAAAUGGAUAAUAAAAGACAACAUAUGCCACGUGUUGCAAUGUAUUGCACUGGAGGUAUUCGAUGUGAGAAAGCUACAAGUCUACUUCUCAGCAAAGGUUUCAAAGAGGUUUUUCACCUAGAAGGUGGAAUUCUAAAAUAUCUUGAGGAGGUUCCAGAGACAGAGAGCCUCUGGGAAGGGGAGUGCUUUGUUUUUGACAAACGAGUCUCUGUGGAGCAUGGUUUGGUGCCCGGAAAUUUCAAGCUCUGCUAUGGUUGCAAACAACCUGUGAGUGAUGCUGACAUGGAAGCCCCGGAAUAUGAAUAUGGAGUCUCUUGUCCUCACUGUUUUGCACAGAAAUCAGAUGAAGAGAAGGAAAGGGCUCGAGCUCGACAAAGACAAUUUGAGAGAUGGGGAAUCAUAGGAGGUCCAGAUAAGGGUCGCCGGCCAACUUGUGAACAGGAAAGUACUAAUAGGAAACCAAACCAGCUUUCACGUUCUAUUUAACUAGUCAGAUAUGGAAUGAUGAGAUAACAUCUUCCAUGUUUGUUUUGAACAAAUGUUUGUCCUCUUGUGCUAAAAUACUUGAAUGUGUUAGUCUCUUCUCUUGAAUGUGUUCGGAGUGCACAAAAACUAUAGAUGUACGUUUGUUUCUUACAUAUGAUUUCCAGUCUUACGAUCCAUUUUUGGUUUCUAGUCUCUUGAGAAUGGUCACCACUUUUUGACAUUCAAAUGUGUAAUGUAACAAAGAAUGCUAGAAAUUUUGUUCUUCUGACA